GACACACAGGAAACAACCAUUACAUUUUGGAAGGGAAUGAAUAUCAAGUUUCCUCACAGAAAUCUCGUGUUGUUAUCACUAUCGUACAAUAAAGUUCCUGCUCCACUUCGUUUGAUAAAGACAAGGCAGCAAAGAUGCUGAUUAAAGUGAAGACACUCACAGGCAAAGAGAUUGAGAUUGACAUCGAGCCCACAGACAAGGUGGAGCGGAUUAAAGAAAGAGUGGAGGAGAAAGAAGGGAUCCCUCCGCAGCAGCAGAGGUUGAUCUACAGUGGAAAACAGAUGAACGAUGAGAAAACCGCAGCGGACUAUAAAAUCCAGGGAGGCUCUGUCCUCCAUCUGGUACUCGCUCUGCGAGGAGGACGGGGGCUCCACCCUCCAAGAAGCCGACACGCCAAGGCUGCGUUGUAGCCGCCGCUUGAAAUCACGCCUUGGCUUUUUUCCCCGCGACGCCUACACUAACAGGACACACCGAGGACGCACAGCAGUGUGUUGCAGAGUCACCUGGCGGCAUCGUAGGCAAGAGACGGAGUUAGAUCAGGUUCUACUGGUGUUGGCCGCAAACACUCCCCCCCUACUGUAACGUUGGCAUGGCGAGUCACACUCGUUAAGGUUGACCUUACUUUCAGAAUUAUACAAAGCUUUCGGCCAAAGAUUUACAACAAUUGGCUGCCACAGAAAAAUGUGUUCAAGUCAUUCUGUGGCUCUGCGUGUCAGCAUCUAUCUUUGGUCCACUGAUGAGAUAAUUGUAGCGUAAAGAUGCAUCCUUGGAUUAGUCUUUACAUUCAGAGUGUGACACAAACUAACUACUAAGUGAAAACUAUAAGUGAAGGAAAAACCUCCCACCACUGGUUCUUAAUCAUGUAGCACAGAGUGUGCAGUGUGUACAUAACGGUGUGAAAUGGACAGAUGCUGUGGAUUAGUGUACAAUAAACUUACGUUGAUGCUUAAAAUGUCUCACUUUCCGUUCACCAUUCUGUGUUCUUCAUAAAUUCUUUUACAUUUUUCAAAACAGCUGCACAAAGGAGAGGGUGAAAAUUCUAAUGUUUUUUUAUUCUGGUCACACACUCGCCACCAAUAUGUACAUUUACAUUUUAUUACACAAAAAGAGACUUAAGUUUGAGAGAAAUUUCAGUCAAAAUGAUUAAGAAAUAACAUUCUUAUCAGGCAGUGUAUUGCAGUGUGAGGGUGUAUUGCUUAGAUUAUCAGUAUCCAUGACUGUCACAACAUAGAAAACUUCAUAUUUCUACCAUAUUGAAGGCCUGCUUUGGUCUGAAUUACAGCAAGAAGUUGCAGCUUGUUAAACACAAUCAACACUGUUUAACCGUCUGUAGAGUUUAAGCAGUAGACAAGAUGGUGAAGCUCUGAGUCUGCACAGAUUACAUCGCCGUAUCACAUAAAGUUGCAGCAUUUGAUUGAUAAGGUGGAAACAUUCUCAGGCCUCAAUCAUGAGUUUAUGUUGCCUGUUAAAAAUGAAGAAAAAUAGAUGACUGAACGCAACGAGAAUCACAUUCUUUGAAAUGAUGGCACAGCGGAAUCAAAAUAAAGAAUAUAAAUGAGGCCUUGAGCUACAAAUUCAAACCUUAGUCAGUGGUUUUUAUUUACUAAGAGACAAAAUACAGACAUGUGUGUAUACUCUGUAAAUACACAAUAAACAUACAGCCACAAAAACACAAUCACUGUACUCGUGAAGACAUCCAGGACACCCUGUUCCCCUUUACAGUUCAACGAAAGACACCUGCAUGUUACUGGCCCAACUUCAGCGAUACUUUUGAACGAUUCACUUGCCGUCCGUCCUCUUCUCAUCUUUUUCUGGGACUCCCGAGGAAAUAAAUAUCUAAAAGCACCAGUACAGACAUUAAGCACUAACAGACUGGAUUUCAAACAGGCUAUCAGUGAGAUCUGUUUUAGGCAGUGUACUGUGUGUAAACAGAGAGCAGUGGGGAUGCCCUGAGACACUGAUGGAUUAUAGAAAGACUUAAGAGUAUAUGUGUGUUCAUGUGUGCAGGAGUGUUGUUUACUAUAAUAUGUACUAAAAUCUCUUCUAGUGAAUUGUAUGAAUCAAAAAUGAUGUAAAGCUCUAAAUUUCUACAACCUAAAUAAAGAACAAAAUCAUUUAAACACUAGCUAGAUGG